CAUCUCCCUCUAUUUGUGUUGUCUCUGGCAGUGUAAAUGGAUUGCUGGACCGCUGACACAGCGCGCAAACUCUCGCGAAAUUAGCAACAGAUUUGACCAAAAUACUAAUGCUUUAAGAUUUCCGGGUCACGGGAGGGUUGUGGAGGACAGGACGAAAGGCGGAGUGAUUACUGGAGAUAUUUUGGAGUAAACUGACUGGCCUGUGUCGAUUGUUUUUGCUAACCACGGUUAUGCAUGUCUCCAGCAGCUAACCCCACGUAGCCUAGCUGAGCGCUGACAGCCGUUGGUCACAUGAAGUGAAUCUGGUCGGAGGGAGGAUGGCGGAGCGGGACACACCGCCUGGAGAGCUGCUCCUGCAGUCAUCUUCAGAGCUUUCAGAAAGUUCUGAGAGACAGAAUUCAUCAGAUGAAAACGGACACGUUGACAGUCCGGAUGAGACUCUCUCUCCUACCUCGGUGAUAUACUUCAAGGAGGCUUUAAACUCCUCAAACUUGAGGUUUGGGACGGCUGGGUCACUGUCGCCCACUCCGCUUCGACGGUAUGACUUCCAGAUUGAAAGAAUCGAUUCAAAGCGCAGAAAUCCCAAGGAUCCCAUCACAAUCGAAAGGCUUAACCUGAUGAACAUGGCCAAACUGAGCAUCAAAGGCCUGAUCGAGUCUGCGCUCAACCUCGGACGCACCCUCGACUCUGACUAUGCACCGCUCCAGCAGUUCUUUGUCGUGAUGGAGCACUGUCUGAAACACGGCUUGAAAACCAAGAAGAGCUUCCUGGGCCAGAACAAGUCUUUCUGGGGGGCGUUGGAGUUGGUGGAGAAGCUGACGCCUGAAGCAGGAGAGAUCACGGCCAGUGUAAAAGACCUGCCUGGCCUCAGAACUCCUCUAGGAAGAGGGCGCGCGUGGUUACGACUGGCCUUGAUGCAGAAGAAGCUCUCUGACUACAUGAAGACCAUCAUCAACAGAAAGGACCUGCUCAGUGAAUUCUAUGAGCCCAACGCGUUGAUGAUGGAGGAGGAAGGAGCCGUCAUCGCCGGGCUGCUCGUCGGACUGAAUGUCAUCGAUGCCAAUCUGUGUAUGAAGGGAGAAGACUUGGACUCACAGGUCGGGGUGAUCGAUUUCUCCAUGUACCUCAAAGACGGCGGACACAGUAGUAAGAGCGCAGAGGGUGACGGUCAGAUCACAGCGAUUCUCGAUCAGAAGAAUUACGUGGAGGAGCUGAACAGACAUUUAAGCGCAUCAGUAAAUAACCUCCAGGCCAAGGUGGACGCUCUGGAAAAGUCCAACACAAAGCUAACAGAAGAGCUCGCAGUGGCGAAUAACAGGAUCAUCACUUUACAAGAAGACGUGGAGAGAGUAAAGGAGGAGAGCUCAUAUCAGCUGGACUCCAGUAGGAAGGCAUUAAGAAGUGACUCGGCACCAGACGGUCAAGCUCUGGGCGAAACACGCAAGCAGCUCAAAGAGGAAACUCUGCUUCGACUGGACGUGGAGAAGGAGCUGGAGGUGCAGAUCGGGAUGAAGCAGGAGAUGGAGCUGUCUAUGAAGAUGCUGGAGAAAGACAUCUGUGAGAAGCAGGACGCUCUGGUGGAGCUCAGACAGCAGCUGGAAGACCUCCGUGCCAUCAACCAACAGCUUGGCCACAAGUCACAGAGCGCAGAGUCCAGCUCCAAACAGAAGAGCGAAGCCAUCUCUCGCUUGGAGGAGAAGAUAAACCAGAUGUCAGGGACUGUAAAACAGCUGGAGAGCAGAUCCAAACAGGCUGAGAAAGAGAGGGAUCUGGCUUUAGAGGCCAACCGGCUCUUCAAACAGGAUUUUGGAGACAAAAUCGAGAGCUUGCAGGUGGAAGUGGAGCAGCUGAGGAAACACAGGUCUAAUCUGGAGGUGGAGCUGAGGAAGGAGCGAGAGCGAAGAAGUGAGCAUCACGUCGACGCCAGACAGUCCAGUACUCCUCGGAGGGAAAGAAAGCACCCAGAGAACAUACCAAAACUUCUCCCAGAAUCCCCUUCAGUCAAAAGGGAGAUUGAUCAGUUACACACGGGACCAGACGACAAAACAAGUCUGAGCUCCAGCUUGUCCUUGUCACAUCACGAGGAUGAGCAGGAUGAGUCAUUCGUGGAGAUCAGUCAACCAACCAUCUGUACAAUGUGUGAACAGGACGACUCCCUCCUGAAGACAAAGAAACAGUGUAAGAACUGCGCCGGCGUUUUCUGUGAGAGCUGCGUGUGCAACGAGCUGCCGUUACCUUCCUCCAUUCUGCCAGAGACUGUAUGCACUUCCUGCUACUCUCUGUUACUCCAACAAUACGCUUCAACGCCGACAUGAACCGACUCGCCGCAUUUUACCGCCAACAACGGCUGACGACCAGACGCACGGAAACCCGGAGGCAUUGAUUUUUCUAAAACUGGCACUGCAAAAAUGCACUUUUUUUUUUUUUUUUUUCAUUUCAUGACUCAAGACGUCUGAUGGAGUCCUGAAAAAAAUUUUUACUUCCUCAAAGUCAGCGAUGGCCAAAAAAAAACGUGCUACAGGGAGCUGCGUGUGUGCAGGUUUUCAUGUCAAUCAAAUGCUGUCGGAGCCAUUUUUAAAUUCCCUUUUCUGGUUGAAAGUGUGUUAAAAUAGUCAAAUUCGGCUGCUGUGGUUUUUUUUUUUUUUAUUUUAUUUUAUUUUUUUUGGAGUGAAAACCUGAACUCACACAGUUGAAAAUGGCAUCUAACUUGAAUCAUCUCAUUCAUGGACGCAUCCACGAUGUCCACUGAGUGGAUUCUGGAUUAAACUGAUAAUAUUUUUAAGCUCAGUUUUUAAACAUAAAAAAAAAAAAAAGGAAAAACUGGAUUUUUUUUUUUUUUGGUGACAACUCAGUAUUUUGCAACAUAAAUUCACUCUAAUCAUAACACAACAGUUAACAACAGUUAUCGUAAUAAAAAUCAAUGAAAUUUUGCAUCAUUUCACUCGGAUGAAGCGUUCAUUUUCAUACUUUUUCCAAAGUGGUUUCUGAUUCAGGGUGAUACUGACAAAAUCAAAUAUCACACACAAAUAACACUUUUAAACCAAAUAUAUUUAUGUUCAAAAUAAGUUAAUAUGUAGAGAAAAGGCUCUUACAUGAUAUAAAACUGUUAAAAAGAAUCAUAAAUAUACAUAAAUGAUGAUCAAUUCAAUCAGUCUAAUAAGUUAAGAAAUAUGUAUGUGACAGCGUUUAAGAAAAGACAUAUUUAAUAAUCUCGACUCAAGGUUCACUUAUUAGCUUUUUCCUGAGCUUUCAAGCGCAUCCCGCAGUCUUCCUUUAUCCUGCAGACUGACAACUACACAUAACUUAAUAAACUCUGCUUAUAAAGGCCGCGAGACGCAGUCGAAGCUCAACAUUUAUAAAAAAACUUGUUAUGACAACCAAAACCUUAUGUUGUGUUAUUGAUAUUUGAUCGAUCGGCUCCGAGCUGAUUCUGCAGCUGCUGUUCAAGUCUUUGUUUUUCAUAAAGUUUUACAAAGCUGAAUAUUCAGGAUAGAAGAUUUUCUUUACUGUUGCUGUUGCUGUUCUGAGUUCAUUCUUAACUGGCAUUAACCAAAAAAAAAAAAAAAAAAAAGCUAUAAAACAUGAAAUCAUCUCCCGUUUUUACAAAUUCCUCUCAUCCUGUACGUUACAGUCGGGUCGGGCUUUAAACAGUGCUGCAGUCAUUUCAAACGUUCAGAUAUUCAGAUUCUAGUCUUUUCUUCUCAUUAUCUCAUUAACUCUGUUUCUGGGUGUCUUUAACAUAUUUCAGCACUUUUUUUUUUUAAACGCACGGCUCCCUGUCUUGACUGGUUUGAAGUGGGCAUAUCUGUGUAUGAGGCAUAUCUUUAUAACAGCUGUUUUUAUUUGUUUUUGUUGAGAUUUAUAUGAAGAAAUAGAAGCUGCGUUAAAAACCAGUUAAACCUUUAGUCGUUUUUUUUUUUUUUUUUUUUUGUAGAAGCUAAUUAACAUGUGAGAUGGAAACGCUUCUUAGAUGAACAAUAAACUUUUAUUCAAUUUUA